GUGCAUCUUUUUAAAUUGACACGAGAAAAAGAUUUAAUAAAAAAAAAAAAAAAAAAGGAAAUAAAAGAAAAGUGUGCAUCGUCAAAUAGUUCGUCGAGUACUUAUCAAAAUAAUACAAGGAACAACUGGCUAAAACGAUUUGAUAUAUAUAUAUAUAUAUAUUUCGGAAUGGCUCGACACCUGUGGCUGGAAGCAGCACUCGUCUUUAUCCUCGUAGCAGGUGCGAGGUGCCUGCGGAACGUCAGCUUGGAAGUGGUUCCGGAGGCAGUGCAACGUGGUCAGGAGGUGAUUCUGCGCUGCCAUUAUGAUCUCGAGAAGGCGCCCCUUUACUCUGUCAAGUGGUACCGCGGUAGGCACGAGUUCUACCGAUACUCACCGGACCAAGAACCGACCACCAAGAUCUUUAAUGUCACUGGCAUAUACAUUGAUGCUGAGAAGUCCAACAACAACGAGGUAACCCUGUACAACGUCGACUUUGCCCUCUCGGGUACGUUCAGCUGCGAAGUUACUGCAGACGCGCCGACCUUCUCCACAAACUCUGGCAUGAAGAAUCUUACCGUAGUGUCUUUACCCGAAGGCAAACCUUUUAUCGUAUCCGAUCGUGAACGUUACGAUCCCGGUGAUACUCUACGAGCAAAUUGUACUUUACCACCAUCAAGACCAACGGCACGUCUGUCAUUCACUCUUAAUAACAGUCCGGUGGAAGCUACCUCGACGAAUCAGGAAGAACCUGAACAGCAGAAACAUCGUAGAGAAGGCACUGGUGGAGUUUCCAGCAGCGAACAGCAACAUCAGUAUCAGCAACAACAGUGGAUCGGCCUCAGUCUACUAUUGCAACCAUUUCACUACAUAAACGGCCAGUUGAAUCUACGUUGUACCGCACAAAUCCCUGGAAUAUAUUCAUCCAUGAACGAGAUACAACUUGGAGCUGGUUUACGCGAACCUGUACCCGAAAGAGUAACAUCUGAGAACGGAUGCGAGUCACAUAGUGCCGUCUGCCUGACGAUGAUCCCCCUCCUCCUGUGUAUGCUUCAUCUGCUCCUAAGAUAGUCACGGCACGCCUGAGAUCAUGAAAAGGAAGUAGUUCAGGAGCGUCGCAGCACGACGAACAACGGCACACUAGUCAAGAAACGAAAGAAUAACGGGAACUCGAGAAGCUUAUCUUCUUCAAAGGGAGAAAGAAAAGGAAGAAAAAUAUGGAAGGGAAGGAAAGGAGGGAAAAGGAGACAAAUAAUAUUGUCGAUCGAUAUGGAUAUAUUUAUCUGUUUUUAAAUGUAUUAACGCGUGAAGUACGGCACGAAAAUUAUCUGCCUAUUUCUCAUCUACUCCCUUCAAAAAAAAAACAAACAAACAAACAAA